AUGAAAUCGAGACAAAAUAUAUAUGGAAAAGCGGAGAGAAGAAAGGAGCCAGAAAACGAGAUCACAGUUGGUUGGGAAUGGAAAGAAGGGUGUGACGAGAGGUUGAAGAGACAAAACUCACUUAUCGAUAUUCUCAAAGUACUGAACGUGUGCAUUGAACGAGUGUUUUCUUCUGAAUUGACGGACUUGGGCGUCGAAUCCGUCACGGAUGAGUUCGAUGAACGAACAGAUGAGAAGUCUCCAUGCCCGACUGGUCUCUUUACUCUGUUUCACUCCAUCUUGUUUCAGAAUCACUUCGACCAUUAUCUCCUGGAAACGGUCCCAUUCUUGAGUGCUGAAACCGUUUUCGUGUUUCAAGUUGACGUGGUUUGCACCGAUCUCGCGGAGGAACUCGGAGUCCUGAAAAAAAUCAAAAAGUUAGAUUAG